AUGGCGCAUCAUCAAGGGCAGGAGGUCGGCGUGCAAGAUUUUGUACUGCUGGACUCGGUAACGCAAGAAAAUUUCAUGGACAACCUGAAGCGUAGGUUUCAAGCCGGCAAAAUCUACACAUACAUCGGUGAGGUUUGCGUUUCGGUAAAUCCGUACCGCGAGAUGAACAUCUAUGGACCGGAGUACGUCAACCGGUACAAAGGGCGGGAGCUGUUUGAAAAUGCGCCCCACAUCUUUGCAAUUGCCGAUGCCGCGUAUCGGGUGCUGAAGCAACGCAACAACGAUACCUGCAUCAUGAUUUCGGGCGAAUCCGGCGCUGGCAAGACCGAGGCGUCCAAAAUCAUUAUGAAGUACAUAGCGGCCGUCACGAACCAGGGGAAACAGGGCGAGAUCGAACGAGUAAAGAACGUGCUCAUCAAAAGCAAUGCAAUUUUGGAGUGUUUUGGCAAUGCGAAAACUAACCGCAAUGACAACAGCAGUCGUUUUGGCAAAUACAUGGACAUCGAGUUCGACUACAAAGGAGAUCCGGUCGGGGGCAUUAUUACCAACUAUUUGCUAGAGAAGUCCCGCGUUAUUCAACAGCAAAGCGGUGAACGGAAUUUCCAUUGCUUCUACCAGCUUUUACGUGGCGGGUCUAACAAUGAGCUUCAGCAGUACAAUCUAGUAAGAGAUCCGGUAGCAUACCAUUACACGAAUCAAGGAAGUACAGAGAUUCUCUCCGAAAAAUCCGACUACCGAGCGACAACCGGUGGUCUGCAAGCACUCGGAUUUAGUGCGGAGGAGAUUUCCAUGGUAUGGCGAACGGUAGCAGCAAUUCUGCAUUUGGGAAAUAUCGAAUUUCAAAUGCAGGAUGAGAAAAUAACAAUAACCAACGGAAAAACGUUGAUACAGGUUGCUCAACUUCUGCAGGUGACUGCGGAGGAAAUGCGCACUGCUUUAACGGAGCGAGUGAUCGCAGCACGUGGAGAAAUCAUGACAAAGAGCCACGACACAAAGCAAGCAGAGUAUGGCCGGGAUGCGUUGGCGAAAGCGAUAUACGAUCGCAUGUUUACCUGGAUCAUACAGCGCAUCAACAAGGCGAUCCUUGUCCCAGGAAGUACCACACAGAAACGCUACAACAAAGUGAUUGGUGUGUUGGACAUUUACGGCUUCGAGAUAUUCGACCGUAACAGUUUCGAACAGUUUUGCAUCAACUAUUGCAAUGAGAAGCUGCAGCAGCUGUUUAUAGAGCUAGUAUUGAAGCAGGAACAGGAAGAAUAUAACCGCGAAGGUAUUGAAUGGACCAAUAUUGAGUAUUUUAACAAUCAGAUUAUUUGUGCCUUGGUAGAGCAACCCGAUAAGGGCGUCAUCGCAAUCAUGAACGAAGCGUGUUUGAACGUCGGUAAAAUAACAGACGAAAUGCUGUUGGGUGACAUGGACAAGAAAUUGUCCCACCAUCCUCACUAUACCAGCCGCCAGCUGAAACCAAUGGACAAGGAGUUGCGUCACAAGGAAGACUUUCGCAUAACACACUAUGCCGGCGACGUUAUUUAUUCCAUCAGUGGGUUCAUCGAGAAGAACCGUGACACUUUGUUCCAAGAUUUCAAGCGCUUGCUUUACGGUUCGCAUGACAAGCUAAUUAGCUCGAUGUGGCCCGAAGGUGCACAGGACAUUUCGAAAACCACGAAGCGCCCAUUAACCGCUGGAACACUGUUCCAAAAAUCUAUGGCUGAGUUGGUGGCGACGCUAUUGCGCAAGGAACCACUGUAUGUGCGGUGCAUUAAGCCGAACGACAUCAAAAGCCCGACCGUGUUUGAUGAUGUCCGCGUAGAGCAUCAGGUUCGGUACCUGGGACUGCUGGAGAAUGUUCGUGUACGGCGGGCCGGUUUUGUGCAUCGUCAACGGUACGACAAGUUUUUGCUACGUUACAAGAUGAUUUCGCAGUACACCUGGCCAAAUUUCCGAGGCGGUAACGAUCGGGACGGCGUGAAGGUGCUGAUGAACGAAAAAAACUUUAGCCACGAUGUGCGGUUCGGAAAGACGAAGAUUUUCAUCCGUUCGCCGCAAACGCUGUUUGCGCUCGAGCAGCAACGGAACGACAUGAUACCGCACAUUGUGACGCUUCUGCAGAAGCAGGUGCGUGGUUGGAUCGCGCGUCAGAAGUAUAAGAAAAUGAAGGCGGCUCUCGUCAUUAUGCGUCACUAUCGAAAGUACAAGCUGAAGAGCUACGUGCAGGAUUUGGCGGUCCGGUUCCGUAAUGCACGCACUUUGCGCGACUACGGUAAGGGUAUACAGUGGCCCCAACCUCCGCUUGUCGGUCGGCAAGCGGAACGGCACUUGCGGAUGCUGUUCUCUCGCUGGCGUGCUGCGAUGAUCCUGCGCAAAUACCCACGCGAAGAGUGGCCGCAGCUACGUUUGCAAAUAAUUGCCGCCAGUGCGUUCCGCAAACGGCGAAAGUUCUGGGGACACGAUCGCCGGUGGCUUGGCAACUAUUUGUCGAUCGUGGCAGAAAACAGCAAUUACUCGUCGUACAAUGCGAGCGUGCGCAAUAUAAAGAAUACGGAUCACUUUGAUACGAUUGUAUUUUCGGCGUUCGUGAAAAAGUUCAACAAAUGCAACAAAUCGGCUGAUCGUGCGAUUAUAGUAACGGAUGGCGCUAUUUACAAGCUGGACGGAGCAAAGAACAAAUUCCGCAACAUGAAACGUACCGUUCAGAUUCGAGAGAUUACAUCGAUCAGUGUCAGUCCUGGGCGCGAUCAACUGGCAGUAUUUCAUUCGCAUCAUAAUAACGACCUAAUCGUGUCGCUACAAGGAGAGCACCAACCCUUGAAGGAGGAUCGUAUUGGAGAGCUGGUAGCACAUGUCGUCAGGCGAUACGUUGCUAUCUGCCAGCAAGACCUACCAGUGAAUGUGGCAUCCACGUUUCCUUUGCGUCUAGGAAACAAAUCGCGAACGUUGAGCAUUGAGGCCGCCGUCGGGCAGGAUUUACCGGAGUUUUCACACGCCGGCACCUUCAUCGUUUUCAAGGUUCCGCCGGCAUAUGCCAGUCCGUUAGAAACGACCGAAACAUCAGCACCCAAUACGUUACCACAACGAUACUAG